CCCGGGCCGGGGGCGGGGCCGGCGGCGGGGAGCGGCGGCGCGAGCGCAGGCCGGGCACCGGGUCGCUCGCGGCCGAGUCGCGGAGGCGCUGCCGCUGCGGUCGCCGCAUCUCCGAGCAUGGCUGACAGCAGGCCCAAGCCCGCCAAGCCCGCCAACAAGACGCCCCCCAAGUCCCCGGGGGAGCCCGCCAAGGACAAGGCAGCCAAGAGGCUGUCGCUCGAGGCAGAAGGGUCCGGCGAGGGGGCGGCCGCGGCGGGCGCGGAGCUCAGCGCCCUGGAGGAGGCCUUCCGGAAGUUCGCGGUGCACGGGGACGCCCGGGCGUCGGGCCGGGAGAUGCACGGCAAGAACUGGUCCAAGCUGUGCCGGGACUGCCAGGUGAUCGACGGCCGGAGCGUGACCGUCACUGACGUGGACAUCGUCUUCAGCAAGAUCAAGGGCAAGUCCUGCAGGACCAUCACGUUCGAGCAGUUCAAGGAGGCACUGGAGGAGCUCGCCAAGAAGAGAUUCAAAGACAAGAGCGCGGAGGAGGCUGUCAGGGAGGUGCACAAGCUCAUCGAGGGCAAGGCCCCCAUCAUCUCGGGGGUGACGAAAGCCAUCUCCUCGCCCACUGUGUCACGGCUCACGGACACCAGCAAGUUCACGGGCUCCCACAAGGAGCGCUUUGACCCGUCAGGCAGGGGCAAGGGCCGGGCGGGCCGCGUGGACCUCGUGGAUGAGUCGGGCUACGUGCCAGGCUACAAGCACGCAGGCACCUAUGACCAGAAGGUGCAGGGGGGCAAGUAGCCGGCGGGCCUCCCGUCCCUGGGCCCUCACCACCUCCACUUCGUUACAUUCCUGUGCUCACCGGCAGAACUCGGACCUGGGGCUGGGUGGCCGCAGAGCCCCUGGCCUCCCUCCUGCCCAGCCCUCGUGCCCCCUGGACCCCAGCUUUGGCCCCUGAACUCACCUUUCCUAACACACAUGCUUCGUCCCUGCCAGGAAUUAGAUGGCCCUUUCCAAAGUGUCUCCCAGAACCAGACCAUACCGGCCACUGGCUUGCAGCAAAGGGGUGUCCAAAGGAGCUGGUGGGACAGGCCCCGUCGGGUCUGUGCUGACGACGGCGCCGACCUGCAGCCCCAGUGACGCGGAGGAGCCCAGUCAGGGCCCCAUGGGGCCCAGAAAGCACCGUGCAGGCAGGGGAGGUGGCACACGCGUGCACAUACACACACGUACCCACACGCUGUGCACGCACACACACGCUACGCACACACAGGCUGCACGCACGCACGCGCACACGCUGCACACAUGCGCGCACACACACACAUGCACGCCCAUGGACCAAGGCUGUGCUAAGGGUGGGCGCUGAGCUGAGGGCUGCUGUGCAAAGGAAGGAGCCUUCUCCGUCGACCAAACUGACUUGAAGUGUGAAGUUACAGGAUUCUAAAACUAAGGGCAAUUCAUUUCAUUUUGCUUUUCUGAGAAGAAAUAAGAAAUGGUUAUUAGAGUUUGAUCUCAGAACGGCUCAGGGAAGACUCAGAAUAGCCUGUCUCUGGGCCUCUCUCCCACAACCCCUGUGCCUCGAGUCCUGGGCCAAGAAGACUCCUGGGCUCAAGGCUGCGGGUGGCUGGCUGCCCCCUUCCUCCCCCUCCAGCCGGCCGCUGCAGCCUCUGCAAGUGGCCCCCUCGUCCACCCCUGCCCAGGAAAGCAGAAACCGCAGGGCGAGACCAGCCCAAGGAGGGCCUGAGCGGCCAGCGUCUGCAUUCGGGGUCUCCGAGGGGCCAGGGGCGGGGCCUCCUGUGGCACUGGCCCCUUGGCAACGUGUCCUUUUGUGUGAACACAGGCGCAGCCUAGCCCGUGACCCCCUGGGCCCCAGGGUCGGGUGUCUGUCUUGGGAAAGCCCAUGGCGGCCCCUGGGGAGUGCCUCCUGGAGCCCAGUGCUCUGCCACUGUCUGUGCUGUGUCCAGGGCAGUGGGCUGCCUGGGGCACCCCUCCCUGGACGCACGGCCGGCCCACAGCACAGGCAGCUGCGAGAAGGCCAGCUCUGCCACGCGCACUGGUCCCUACUGGACCUGCAGGCCCUGCCCACCGCGGAGGGGCUCAGGCUAGCGCUGCACACGCCCGAUCGGCAGUGGCUUCCGUGGGCAGCUUCGUUCUAAGCCCCUGACACCUCACUGUAGAAACACCUGGGAAGCGAGAGAUGGAACACAGGGGUCCGGAAGCACUUGGGAGGACACGGUCACUGCCAUCUUGGAAGUCUCCAACUUGGGGAAACAAGGCUGCCUGGCCAGGCCCUCACUCCACUGCCAGGAAGCCAAAGGCUGGGGGGCAGGCGGGCAGGACACCGGCCCCCGCCCUGGGCUGUUUUCCUCUCAGAGGCAGCUGUCAGGUGGGGAAACAUGGGUCCCAUGGCCCCCAGGGCUGGCCUGCAGGGCAGCACCCCCGCUGCGGGAGACCGGCUUCCCCGGCCGCGGUGGCCCCGCCCCUGGGCCAGGGAAGGUCAGUGCAUGGUGGCCACCGAGGCCCAGCCCAGCCCCGCGCUCUUGGGCUCCUGAGGCGUCUAGAGGCAUCCGGCGGGUCUCGAGUGUCCCUGGCCCGGCUGAGGUUCCCUUCCCUAAGUGCAGCUCUGGGAACGCGCCUCCAGCUCAGGGCAGGGCGAGUGGAGGUCCCAGGCCUGCCGGCCCUGUAACUCAGCACGGACACGGAUCCCACACUCAGCACAGACGCUGCGGACACAGGAAGGUGUGCGUCUCGCUGCAUGUUCUCUGCAACACCCGCUCGCUUCUGCUAACCGUGGUCAACUAGAAAUUCCAUGUCUGUGAGCCAAGGGAACUGCACAACAAGCCCGCUGGGGCACGGGGAUGUGGUUGGGGCGCUCCUUGUACAGGGCGCCCAGCCAGGCCCGCAGCGCGCAUGCGAGCACCGCUGCCCCCAUAUUUAUUUCUAUUUAACGCUGUAGGAGAAGCAACCGGGCAACUGUCAGGUCGCCAAAACUGAAGCUGAAACCACGUAUGUUUAAAAUAUUACAGGAAGAGGUCUAUAUUUGUACUGGAGUAUUUUUACACCUUGAGUAUCCUCAGUCUUAAGGUUCGAGCAGGUGGAAACCGGUCGGGAAGAGGCAGGUGGGGGCUUGGGCCAUCCACACUCCAGGGGCCGCCAGCUCAGGGCAGGCCGAGGUGGCCCCUCGAGGCCUGGGGGCGGAGGCUUUGCGGGAAGCCCAGCAGCCUGCGGUCAGGAGGCCUCUGCGGCCCUGCGGGCGGAGGGAGGCGAGGCGCAGGCACGAGGCCCACAAGGCCCGCGGUCACCGGAAAGGCCGCCGCUGCAGACCCCCAGGACCCAGCGGCGCGGACGCCACUGUCACCUGUCCCCACGGCACAGGCCGCCGACUCAGCCACACUGUGAAGUGGCGAGGCCGUCCUCAGAGCUCUGACCCCGAGCAGCCUCCCUCCAGACCGACUACUGAACGCUCUGGGGCCCCGCGCUCAGUGGUGUGGCCUCGCCUGGGGAGGGAGGGGGCUGCUCCGCACUCGGGGGUGCUUCCGCUAACGCUCUCGUCCCCACACCAAGCCAAACAACAAGGAAAGGCACAUAGCUCAGACUUGAAAGGGAUCAUAGGCUACUGGUUUGUACUGUCUUUUCAGGAAAGGGAAAUAAAUGUACAUAGAGAUGCGGUCUAUUUUUGCACUGUUUUCUUACUGUGAGGGAGUGAUGAGAGCAUUGCCUGGUCAGUGUGCUGGGGCAAGUAGUAGGCGGUGGCACGGAACCCGGACUCAGGGCUGCUCUCCAGGAGCUCCGGGGCGUCUGGGGGACUCAGAGCUGCUCUCCAGGAGCUCCGGGGGCGUCUGGGGGGCUCGGAGACAGCUCUCCAGGAGCUCCGGGGCGUCUGGGGGACUCAGGGCUGCUCUCCAGGAGCUCCGGGGCGUCUGGGGGACUCAGAGCUGCUCUCCAGGAGCUCCGGGGCGUCUGGGGGGCUCGGAGACAGCUCUCCAGGAGCUCCGGGGCGUCUGGGGGACUCAGAGCUGCUCUCCAGGAGCUCCGGGGGCGUCUGGGGGGCUCAGAGACAGCUCUCCAGGAGCUCCGGGAGUGUCUGGGGUGGGCAUGGUGUUCCACUGGAGCUGCUGUCCGAGGCCUGCUCGCAAACCUGUGGUGAAAGCUCGUUGUCUGUCUGCAUACCUCCUUGUGUGCUCCCUGUUGUUAACAUUGUGUCCGGUUGGUAAAGUGACAAAUAAAGGUGUUGAAUCAUG